CUUGCAGAAAGCCAGAAACGCCUGUAAGUUCGGCGUAAAUGCUGCGGACGUUUCGAUUUUCUCGCGCCAUUCCUCCCGCCGGGCCUCUCCGGCUAUCCAACUCCUUCGCACCGUCGAGAACCGAGCGGCUGUCCGCUCGCCAAGCUUCAGGUCCUCGGAUUCACAUCGCUGGUCUUCGAAUGGAGAAAAAGAAUUUCGAAGACGAAGCUGGAGAAGGAGACAGAAGCAUAAAGAAAAGCAGCGCCGCCGCCAAGUUCAAGCCGGAGGUCAAUUCCAUGCAGCGACUCCUCAGCUCCGACUCUUCUGGUGGUUGGGAGAAGUGCUGGGAGCUAGGUCUGACUCCAUGGGACUUGGGACGUGCGACUCCAGUGAUCACGCAUCUUCAUCAGGCUGGGGUCCUCCCUAAGGGCAGAGCUCUGGUUCCUGGAUGUGGCACUGGUUAUGAUGUGGUGGCCAUGGCAUGCGGUGAACGUUAUGUGGUUGGACUUGAACUCUCCGACAAGGCAAUCGAGAAAGCAAAUGAGUUAUUUUCAGCUCUGCCCAAUGCGAACUACUUCAAAUUCCUUAAAGCUGACUUCUUCAACUGGAAUCCAUCUGAGAAGUUUGAUCUCAUAUUCGACUACACGUUCUUUUGUGCAAUUGAACCAGAGAUGAGACCAGAAUGGGCCCAAAAAACCAGUGAGCUGCUCAAACCAGAUGGGGAGCUACUAACUCUCAUUUUCCCUAUAGAUGAUCACGUAGGGGGGCCUCCAUAUAAAGUUUCAGUUUCCGAUUAUGAAGAGGUGUUGCAUCCUAUGGGCUUUAAGGCAGUCUCGAUUGUUGAUAAUGAAAUGGCUGUUGGACCCCGAAAGGGAAGAGAAAAGCUUGGAAGAUGGAAGAGACCUGCAAGGCCGUCAUCGUCGUUGUGAUAGAUUAAAAGAUGGGUUCCCUUUGUUCAUGGUAAAAGUUUCCAGUUGGUCUCUAAUUGUUGAUGGCACAAAAGGUUGUUUGUUUUACCGCAUCAGGAGAAUACACAGAUUGACUCUGAGGAAUUAUUUGUAUACCAU